CUGUGCCUCCGAAGACAGAGGCAAAGGCUAAGGCGCUGAAGGCCAAGAAGGCUGUACUGAAGGGGGUCCACAGUCACAAGAAGAAGAAGAUCCGCACGUCGCCCACCUUCCGCAGGCCCAAGACCCUGCGACUGCGGCGGACAACAAAAAAACCCACGGAGAAACAAGUACGUCGGGGGUCUCUCUCCUGCAGGCUGGACCAUUAUGCCAUUAUCAAGUUUCCUUUGACCACAGAGUCGGCAAUGAAGAAGAUUGAGGAUAACAAUACUCUGGUUUUCAUUGUUGAUGUCAAGGCAAACAAGCACCAGAUCAAACAAGCUGUCAAGAAGCUGUAUGAUAUUGAUGUGGCCAAGGUCAACACAUUGAUUAGGCCUGAUGGGGAGAAGAAGGCUUAUGUCCGACUGGCUCCAGAUUAUGAUGCACUGGAUGUAGCCAACAAG